GACCAUGAACACUAGCUUUCUGGAGACCUCCAGUGUGACCAGUGGACCCCCUGUCACCAUGGCAACUAGCUCUCUGGAGACCUCCAAGGGAACCAGUGAACUUUCUGUUACCAUGACAACUAUCUCUCUGAAGACCCCCAAGGGGACCAGUAGCUCCCCCAGCUCCGCAGUAAAAAUAUCCACCGGGACUACCUCAAACACCUCCGCAAUCGCAAACAGUGGUGGGCUCUCAAAUCAGGGAACAAAUGGCACCCUGCUGGUGGCUGUCCUUGCAGCCCUGCUGGUGGUCAUUGUCCUCUUGAUACUACUUGUGCUGUGGCGCAGGAGGCAGAAGCAGAGGACCGGGAUCCUGAUGCUAAGCAGGGGUGGAAAGUGCAAUGGGGCAGUAGAUGCCUGGGCUGGGCCAGUCCAGGAGAAUGAUGAGGAGGCCAUGACAGCAACAAUGAGAGUGUCUGGGGGCGACAAGAGCUCUGGGGUCCCUGAAGGGGAGGGGUCUGGCCGGCGGCCCACACUCACCACUUUCUUCGGUAGAAAGAAGUCUCACGAGGGCUCCUUGGCACUGGAGGAGCUAAAGCCUGGGUCAGCCUCCAGCCUAAAGGGAGAGGAAGAGCCGCUGGUCGGCAGCGAAGAUGGGGCUGUGGAGGUCCCCGAUUCUGUGGACCAAAAGUGAGAGAUGUGGAGGCCCCUUAGCGCUUGUGAAUAACAAGACUGGAGAUCAGAAUCAUUUUUAGCUUUCAUCACCUUCCCUCCUAUCAUCACUUCCAGCCCCAUUGUCACCCAGCAUCCUUUGGAUUUUCACCCAGCAUCUUCACUCUGAAUCCUCAUCCAGCUUCUUAACCCCGGAUCUUCCGGCCAGCAUCUGCACCCAGCA